UUGAAGUUCAUUUUGCAUUUUAUUUUUUACUCCGGUAUAGCUACAUUGUGUAAAUUAAGCCUGCCUGUUUUAUUACAUAUACAGUACCAUCACGAUCUAGCCAGAAACAUAAUGGUGACGCUUUCAAAAGAAUAUGGAUGUGUUGUUCUCACAGGCUGCGCUUCCUUUGUACUCGUGAAGUACCUGUCCCACAAGGUGUGCAAGGCUCGCAAAGAGUACAAUGUAGAGAAGCACAGCGAUGACACGGACAUCUUGAACCGUAUACAGAAGAAUCAUCGACAGACUAAUGAAACAAUUGCUCCAUUCCUCUUUCUCUUGUCCACUGGAGGACUUCAGCAUCCGCGCCUGGCCAGUGCUUUGGGAAUGUUUUGGAUUGGUAGCAGGGUGGUCUCUGCACAUGCAUGUUGUAUUGAAGAUGCUGCUAAACAACAGAGGGGGAAGCUGGGGGAGGUGGCCCUCUUUGGGCUGUUCCUUUGCUCACUGGACACUGGGAAGGUUUUACUAGGCUGGAAAAGACCCUACUUUCCUAGACGCUUUCUUGUGCAAGUGUAAAAAGAGAAUUGUCUGAUUUUUUAUCUUGUUCUAUACUUGUCACUUGUGUUGCACUGUCAAUGUAAUGCUUUGGUUAUUAUUUUUCAUCUCCAACAUUUUUACCUAACUAAAUAAAAAAAAUAACAGGUGCUAUAUUAAAAUAUUCAGU